AGCUGAUCGAUUGCGGCACUGCAGGCACUGAUCCACCUCUGUUUGAGCCGUCAUGGCGUUUGUGGCUACGCCCAGCGCCACUGUGGUGGAUCAGACCACCCUCAUGAAGAAAUACCUGCAGUUUGUAGCCGCCCUCACUGACAACAACACCCCGGAUGAGACCAAGCUGAAAAUGAUGCAGGAAGUCAGUGAGAAUUUUGAGAAUGUGACCUCCUCGCCGCAGUAUUCGACUUUUCUAGAACACAUUAUUCCUCGCUUUCUGACCUUCCUUCAGGAUGGAGAGGUGCAGUUUCUGCAGGAAAAACCCACUCAGCAAUUACGAAAAUUGGUUCUUGAAAUUAUUCAUCGCAUCCCUACCAACGAGCACCUGCGAGCUCACGUGAAGAACAUCCUCUCAGUGAUGUUUCGCUUUCUGGAGAUUGAAAGUGAGGAGAAUGUGCUCAUCUGUCUGCGCAUCAUCAUCGAACUGCACAAACAAUUCAGACCUCCAAUAUCACAGGAGAUUCAUCAUUUUCUGGAUUUUGUUAAGCAGAUCUACAAAGAUCUGUCCAAAGUAGUGACAAGGUACUUUGAGAAUCCUCAAGUAAUAGCGGAGAACACGGUGCCCUCACCGGAGAUGGUGGGCAUGAUUACUUCAGUUCUGGUGAAAACGGCUCCUGAGCGUGAGGACAGUGAGACCCGCACGCAUACCAUCAUUCCUCGUGGCUCACUGUCUCUCAAGGUCCUGGCUGAGCUGCCCAUCAUUGUGGUGCUCAUGUAUCAGCUGUACAAACUGAAUAUUCACAAUGUGGUGUCGGAGUUUGUGCCUUUGAUCAUGAACACGAUCAUGCUGCAAGUGUCUCCUCAGGCCCGGCAGCACAAAUUGUAUAAUAAAGAGCUGUACGCAGAUUUCAUUGCUGCUCAAAUCAAGACCCUGUCCUUCCUGGCCUACAUCAUCCGCAUCUAUCAGGACCUGGUUGGGAAGUAUUCCCAGCAGAUGGUAAAGGGAAUGCUGCAGCUGCUGUCUAACUGUCCUCCUGAGACUGCUCACCUGCGCAAAGAGCUUCUGAUUGCCGCCAAACACAUCCUCACUACAGACCUGCGCAGUCAAUUCAUUCCAUGCAUGGACAAGCUUUUCGAUGAAUCAAUACUCAUUGGCUCAGGCUACACGGCACGUGAGACUCUUCGGCCACUUGCCUACAGCACAUUGGCAGACUUGGUCCACCAUGUCAGACAGAACCUGCCCCUGACAGACCUCUCGCUGGCUGUUCAACUGUUUGCCAAGAACAUUGAUGACGAGUCCCUGCCCAGCAGCAUCCAGACCAUGUCCUGUAAGCUGCUGCUCAACCUGGUGGACUGCAUCCGCUCGAAGAGUGAACAGGAGAACGGCAAUGGAAGGGACAUCCUCAUGAGAAUGCUGGAGGUGUUUGUGUUGAAAUUCCACACCAUCGCUCGCUAUCAGCUCGUAUCCAUCUUUAAAAAGUGCAAGCCACAGUCAGAGAUAGGAGUAGUGGAUCCAGGGGCAUUGCCUGGUGUCCCAGCAACACCCACAGCCACCACUCCAGCUCUUCCUCCACCUACACCUCCCACGCCGGUCCCUCAGGCUCCUCCCUCUGCUACACCUUUUGACCGAGCAGCCGAAAAAGAGGACAAACAAACUUUCCAAGUAUCAGACUGCCGCAGCCUGGUGAAGACUCUCGUGUGUGGGGUGAAGACCAUUACCUGGGGCAUCACCUCUUGUAAAGCACCAGGCGAGGCUCAGUUUAUUCCUAACAAGCAACUUCAACCCAAAGAGACCCAGAUUUACAUCAAACUUGUCAAAUAUGCCAUGCAGGCUUUGGAUAUUUACCAGGUACAGAUUGCUGGAAACGGGCAGACCUACGUUCGUGUGGCCAACUGUCAAACGGUCCGCAUGAAGGAAGAGAAGGAGGUGUUGGAGCACUUUGCAGGAGUCUUCACCAUGAUGAAUCCACAAACUUUCAAGGAGAUUUUCCAGACCACUGUACCUUACAUGGUUGAGAGGAUUUCUAAAAACUACGCCCUGCAGAUUGUGGCAAACUCCUUCCUGGCUAACCUGUCGACCUCUGCGCUGUUUGCCACUAUCCUAGUGGAGUACCUGUUAGAAAGGCUGCCCGAGAUGGGUUCUAACGUAGAGCUGUCUAAUCUCUACCUCAAACUCUUCAAACUUGUCUUCGGCUCGGUUUCUCUUUUUGCUGCGGAGAACGAACAGAUGCUUAAGCCUCACCUUCAUAAGAUCGUCAACAGCUCCAUGGAACUCGCCCAGUCAGCCAAGGAGCCGUACAACUACUUCUUGUUGCUCAGAGCUCUGUUUCGUUCUAUCGGUGGAGGCAGCCAUGACCUGUUGUAUCAAGAGUUCCUGCCUCUUCUACCCAACCUGCUGCAGGGUUUGAACAUGCUGCAAAGUGGCCUGCAUAAGCAGCACAUGAAGGAUCUGUUUGUGGAGCUAUGUCUGACCGUGCCCGUCAGGCUGAGCUCUCUACUCCCCUACUUGCCCAUGCUGAUGGACCCGCUGGUGUCGGCGCUUAAUGGCUCCCAGACUCUGGUUAGCCAGGGCCUGCGCACCCUCGAGCUCUGUGUGGACAACCUGCAGCCGGACUUCCUUUAUGACCACAUCCAGCCUGUUCGUGCUGAGCUCAUGCAGGCGCUUUGGAAAACUUUGAGGAAUCCAGCUGAUAACAUUUCGCAUGUAGCCUAUCGCGUGCUGGGCAAGUUUGGUGGAAGCAACAGGAAGAUGCUGAAGGAGUCGCAGAGGCUGCAGUAUGUGGUCACUGAGGUGCAAGGCCCCAGCAUUAAAGUGGAGUUUACUGACUGUAAAGCUGCCAUUCAGCUGCCCAUGGAAAAGGCUAUAGAGACGGCUCUGGACUGCCUAAAGAGUGCGAACACUGAGCCAUAUUACAGGCGACAGGCUUGGGAGGUCAUAAAGUGCUUUCUGGUGGCCAUGACCAGCCUGGAUGACAACAAACAUGCCCUGUACCAGCUCCUUGCCCACCCCAACUUUACAGAGAAAUGGAUCCCCAAUGUGAUCAUUUCCCACCGAUACAAGGCUCAGGACACACCUGCACGCAGGACGUUUGAACAAGCCCUGACUGGAGCUUUUAUGUCUGCAGUCAUCAAGGACCUGCGACCCAGUGCCCUGCCCUUCGUCGCCAGUCUUAUCCGCCAUUACACCAUGGUGGCUGUGGCUCAGCAGUGCGGUCCUUUCCUGCUUCCAAGCUAUCAGCUCGGCAGCCAGCCGAGCACAGCCAUGUUCCACAGUGAGGAGAAUGGCUCUAAGGGAAUGGAUCCACUGGUGCUGAUUGAUGCUAUUGCUAUUUGCAUGGCGUAUGAGGAGAAGGAGCUUUGCAAGAUCGGUGAAGUCGCGCUGGCUGUAAUUUUUGAUGUUGCUAGCAUUAUUUUGGGAUCCAAAGAGAGGGCAUGCCAGCUGCCUCUCUUCUCCUACAUCGUUGAACGUCUGUGCGCGUGCUGCUACGAGCAGGCUUGGUAUGCCAAGCUGGGCGGAGUGGUGUCAAUCAAGUUCCUCAUGGAGAGGCUGCCUCUAAUCUGGGUUCUGCAGAACCAGCUUACCUUCCUCAAGGCUCUGCUUUUUGUCAUGAUGGACCUCACAGGCGAGGUGUCUAACGGGGCAGUUGCUAUGGCCAAGACUACUCUGGAGCAGCUGCUGGUGCGCUGCGCUACUCCACUGAAGGAUGAAGAGAAAACCGAGGAGUUGCUGAGCGCUCAGGAUAAGUCCUUUCACAUGGUGACACACGACCUGGUGCGUGAGGUCACCUCACCAAACUCCACCGUGCGCAAACAAGCCAUGCAUUCACUGCAGGUUCUGGCUCAGGUCACCGGCAAAAGUGUCACCAUCAUCAUGGAGCCUCACAAAGAGGUUCUGCAGGACAUGGUUCCUCCUAAGAAACACCUUCUCAGACACCAGCCGGCUAAUGCUCAGAUAGGCCUGAUGGAGGGGAACACAUUUUGCACCACUCUGCAACCCAGACUCUUCACCAUGGAUCUUGGUGUCGUUGAGCACAAGGUCUUCUACACUGAGUUAUUAAAUCUGUGUGAGACUGAGGAUGCCGCCCUGAUGAAGCUGCCCUGUUACAAGAGUCUGCCCUCUUUGGUGCCCCUUCGUAUCGCUGCGCUCAAUGCCCUGGCAGCGUGUAACUACCUCCCUCAGUCCAGAGAGAAGAUUAUUGCGGCGCUCUUCAAGGCCCUCAAUUCUACCAACAGCGAGCUGCAGGAGGCCGGAGAGGCCUGCAUGAGAAAGUUCUUGGAGGGAGCCACUAUUGAAGUGGAUCAGAUCCACACACACAUGCGGCCUCUGCUAAUGAUGCUGGGGGAUUAUCGCAGCCUGACGCUGAACGUGGUAAACAGACUCACUUCAGUUACACGCCUCUUUCCUAAUUCCUUCAACGACAAGUUCUGUGAUCAGAUGAUGCAACACUUGAGGAAGUGGAUGGAGGUGGUCGUGCUCACGCAUAAAGGAGGACAGCGUGGUGACGGCAGUGAGAUGAAGAUCUGCUCAGCCAUCAUAAACCUGUUCCAUCUGAUCCCUGCUGCUCCUCAAACUCUGGUCAAACCCCUGCUGGAGGUGGUGAUGAAGACUGAGCGAGCUAUGCUGAUAGAGGCGGGCAGUCCCUUCCGAGAGCCUUUAAUCAAAUUCCUGACUCGUCAUCCAUCCCAGACAGUCGAACUGUUUAUGAUGGAGGCCACGCUCAACGACCCACAGUGGAGCCGCAUGUUCAUGAGUUUUCUGAAGCAUAAAGAUGCUAAGCCUCUCCGGGACGUGUUGGCCUCCAACCCGAGUCGUUUUGUCCCUCUGCUGGUCCCUGCAGGUACUCCAGGCACAGUGCGGCCUGGUUCACCCUCAACCAGCACGGCUCGUCUCGACCUGCAGUUCCAGGCCAUUAAGAUUAUAAGUAUCAUAGUAAAAAAUGAUGAAGGAUGGCUGGCUGGUCAGCACUCUUUGGUCAGCCAGCUCCGGCGUGUGUGGGUCAGCGAGGCUUUCCAGGAACGGCACCGCAAAGACAACAUGGCCGCCACCAACUGGAAGGAACCUAAGCUGUUAGCGUACUGCCUGCUCAGCUACUGCAAGCGCAACUACUCCGAAGUCGAGCUGCUCUUCCAGCUGUUGCGUGCCUUUACUGGCCGCUUCCUCUGCAACAUGACCUUUCUGAAGGAAUACAUGGAGGAGGAGAUUCCCAAGAACUACAGCAUCGCAAACAAACGCGCCCUCUUCUUCCGCUUUGUCGAUUUCAACGACCCGCAGUUUAAUGAUGAACUCAAAGCCAAGGUGUUGCAGCAUAUUCUUCACCCGGCUUUCCUGCACAGCUUUGAGAAAGGGGAGGGUGAGCAGCUUCUUGGGCCCCCAAACCCAGAGGGUGACAACCCCGAAAGCAUCACGAGUGUCUUUAUCACUAAGGUGCUGGACCCAGAGAAGCAGGCUGACUUGCUGGACUCGCUGAGGAUCAACCUGCUGCAGUUCUCCACGCUGCUGGUGGAACAUGCGCCUCACCACAUUCACGAUAACAAUAAGAGCAGGAACAGCAAGCUGAGGCGCCUCAUGACCUUUGCCUGGCCCUGCCUACUUCCAAAAGCCUGCGUGGACCCGGCCUGCAAAUACAGUGGGCACUUGCUCCUGGCCCACAUCAUUGCCAAAUUCGCCAUACACAAGAAGAUUGUGCUGCAGGUGUUCCACAGUCUGCUUAAGGCUCACACUAUGGAAGCCCGUGCCAUUGUGCGGCAAGCCAUGGCCAUCCUCACUCCAGCCGUGCCUGCCCGUAUGGAGGACGGUCACCAAAUGCUCACCCACUGGACUCGCAAGAUCAUCGUAGAGGAGGGACACACCGUGCCACAGCUAGUGCAUAUACUGCACCUUAUCGUCCAACACUUCAGGGUUUACUACCCAGUGAGGCACCAUCUUGUGCAGCACAUGAUCAGUGCCAUGCAGAGGUUGGGCUUCACUCCAAGUGUCACUAUCGAGCAAAGGAAGCUGGCUGUGGAUCUGGCUGAGGUGGUCAUCAAAUGGGAGCUGCAGCGCAACAAAGAUCAGCAGCCUGAGUCCGACAGUGAUACGAGCGCAGGCGGCGAGGGAACAAGUUCGGGUGCUAUGAAGCGGGGCGCAUCAGUUGACUCAGGUCAAGAUGUGAAGCGAUUCCGCACAGCCACCGGGGCAGUGGGCACGGUGUUUGGCCGCAGUCAGUCGAUGCCUGGCACUGAGGCGCUGCUCACCAAGCCAGUGGAAAAGCAGCACACGGACACCGUUGUCAACUUUCUGAUCCGCAUCGCCUGCCAGGUGAACGAUACCAACAGUGUAGCUGGAUCUCCUGGUGAACUGCUGUCACGUCGCUGUGUGAAUUUGAUGAAGAUGGCCCUCAGGCCGGACAUGUGGCCACGUGCUGAGCUCAAACUGCAGUGGUUUGACAAGCUGCUCAUGACUGUUGAGCAGCCCACCCAAGCCAACUUUUCCAACAUCUGCACCGGAUUGGAGAUCUUGAGUUUCCUGCUGACCGUUCUGCAGUCUCAGGCCAUCCUGGCCCACUUUAAGCCUCUGCAGAGAGGCAUUGCUGCCUGCAUGACCUGUACCAACACCAAAGUCCUGCGUGCUGUCCACUCACUGCUCUCCAAACUCAUGAGCAUCUUCCCCACUGAGCCCAGUACGUCUUCAGUCGCUUCAAAGUAUGAGGAGUUGGAAUGUCUGUACGCUGCUGUAGGAAAAGUCAUUUAUGAAGGUCUUACCAAUUACGAGAAAGCCACCAGUGCCAACCCCACCCAGUUGUUUGGAACCCUGAUGAUCCUGAAGUCCGCCUGCAGCUUUAACUCCAGCUACAUCGACCGCCUCAUUUCUGUCUUCAUGCGCUCGCUGCAGAAGAUGGUACGAGAGCACCUGAGCCCACAGACCAGCUCCGGAGCUACAGAGACCAGUGCAGUCACCAGUGAGCUGGUCAUGCUGAGUCUGGAUCUGGUGAAGACCAGGCUGUCUGUGAUGAACAUGGAGAUGAGGAAGAACUUUAUCCAGGUCAUCCUUACCUCUCUGAUUGAGAAAUCACCUGACCCGAAGGUCCUGCGUGCUGUGGUGAAGAUUGUGGAGGAGUGGGUGAAAAACAACUCGCCCAUGGCUGUCAACCAGAUGCCCAAUCCAAGAGAGAAGUCCAUCCUGCUGGUGAAAAUGAUGACCUACAUUGAGAAGCGCUUUCCAGAUGACCUUGAAUUAAACGCCCAGUUUCUGGACCUCGUUAAUUACGUCUACAGGGAUGAAAGCCUGUCGGGAAGUGACAUCACAUCCAAGCUCGAGCCGGCCUUCCUUUCAGGGUUGCGCUGUGCCCAGCCGCUGAUCAGAGCGAAGUUCUUUGAGGUGUUUGAUGCUUCCAUGAAGCGGCGUGUCUAUGAGAGGCUCCUCUAUAUCUGCUGCUCUCAGAACUGGGAAGCCAUGGGCAAUCACUUCUGGAUUAAGCAGUGCAUUGAGCUUCUGUUGGCCGUGUGUGAGAAGGGCACAAUUAUUGGCACCAGCUGCCAGGGCUCCAUGCUGCCCUCCAUCACCAAUGUCAUCAACCUGGCCGACAGCCAUGACCGUGCCGCCUUUGCCAUGGCAACACACAUCAAACAGGAGCCACGCGAGAGGGAGAACAGCGAGACCAAAGAGGAGGAUGUAGAGAUAGACAUUGAGCUAGCCCCCGGAGAUCAGACCAGUCUGCCCAAAACCAAGGAGCAGGCAGAACGAGAUGCUGGCAACCAGCUGCACAUGCUCACCAACCGCCACGACAAGUUCCUGGACUCCCUUCGAGAGGUCAAGACUGGAGCUUUGUUAAAUGCACUGGUGCAGCUGUGUCACAUCUCCACUCCGCUGGCUGAGAAGACGUGGGUUCAGCUCUUCCCUCGCCUCUGGAAGAUCCUGUCAGACCGCCAGCAGCAUGCCCUGUCGGGGGAGGUGGGCCCAUUCCUGUGCAGCGGAAGUCACCAGGCACAGCGAGACUGCCAGCCCAGCGCUCUCAACUGCUUCGUGGAGGCCAUGUCACAGUGCGUACCCCCCAUUUCCAUCAGGCCCUGCGUGCUGAAGUACCUGGGAAAGACUCACAACCUGUGGCUGCGAUCCACACUCAUGCUGGAACAGCAGGCUUUCGAAAAAGGUCUCAGCCUUCACAUCAAGCCCAAACAGAGCACCGAGUUCUACGAGCAGGAGAGCAUCACCCCACCACAGCAGGAGAUUCUGGACUCGCUGGCCGAGCUGUACUCACUGCUGCAGGAGGAGGACAUGUGGGCAGGCCUGUGGCAGAAGCGCUGUAAGUUUCCAGAGACGAGCACAGCCAUCGCCUACGAGCAGCAUGGCUUCUUUGAACAGGCACAAGAGAGCUAUGAGAAGGCCAUGGAAAAAGCUCGGAAAGAACAUGAGAGGACCAAUACUUCUCCUGCAAUCUUUCCUGAGUACCAGCUGUGGGAGGAUCACUGGAUCCGCUGCUCUAAAGAACUGAACCAGUGGGAGGCAUUGACUGAGUACGGCCAGUCGAAAGGGCACACAAACCCAUACCUGGUGCUGGAAUGUGCCUGGAGAGUGUCCAACUGGGCUGCCAUGAAGGAGGCACUGGUGCAGGUGGAGCUGAGCUGUCCAAAAGAGAUGGCGUGGAGGGUGAACAUGCACCGCGGCUACCUGGCCAUCUGCCAUCCGGAGGAGCAGCAACUCAACUUUAUUGAGCGGCUGGUGGAGAUGGCCAGCAGCCUGGCAAUCCGAGAGUGGCGCAGACUGCCUCAUAUCGUCUCUCAUGUCCACACCCCUCUGCUGCAGGCUGCCCAGCAGAUUAUUGAGCUCCAGGAGGCGGCUCAGAUUAACACGGGCCUCCAGCCGAGCAACCUGGGUCGCAACACCAGCCUGCAUGAUAUGAAGACCGUGGUGAAGACGUGGAGGAACCGGCUGCCCGUCGUGUCUGAUGAUCUCUCGCACUGGAGCAGCAUCUUCAUGUGGCGCCAGCACCACUAUCAAGCCAUCGUGUCAGCUUAUGAGAGCAACAAUCAACACGACCCCAACAACAACAACGCUAUGCUGGGCGUCCACGCGUCAGCUUCAGCCAUCAUCCAGUACGGCAAGAUCGCCCGCAAGCAGGGCCUGGUUAACGUGGCCCUGGACAUUUUGAGCCGGAUUCACACCAUCCCCACCGUUCCCAUCGUCGACUGCUUUCAGAAGAUCCGGCAGCAGGUGAAGUGCUACCUGCAGCUGGCUGGAGUGAUGGGCAAGAACGAGUGCAUGCAGGGACUGGAGGUCAUCGAGUCCACCAAUCUGAAGUACUUCACCAAGGAGAUGACCGCUGAAUUCUAUGCACUCAAGGGCAUGUUUUUAGCCCAGAUCAAUAAAUCUGAGGAAGCCAACAAGGCCUUCUCAGCGGCUGUGCAGAUGCAUGACGUGCUGGUGAAGGCCUGGGCCAUGUGGGGCGACUACUUGGAGAACAUCUUUGUGAAAGAUCGCCAGCUGCACCUGGGUGUGUCGGCCAUCACCUGCUACCUCCAUGCCUGCCGGCAUCAGAACGAAAGCAAGUCACGCAAGUACCUCGCCAAGGUGCUGUGGUUGCUGAGUUUUGAUGAUAAGAACACACUGGCUGAUGCUGUGGAUAAGUACUGCAUUGGGGUGCCACCAAUCCAGUGGUUGGCUUGGAUCCCUCAACUCCUGACCUGUCUGGUGGGCUCAGAAGGAAAGCCUCUCCUGAAUCUCAUCAGCCAGGUGGGACGUGUCUACCCUCAGGCUGUGUACUUUCCAAUCCGAACCCUGUACCUGACGCUGAAGAUCGAGCAGAGGGAGCGCUACAAGAGCGACUCGGGACAGCAGCAGCCAAGCUCAGUGGGGGCCCAGUCUCACUCAGCAUCAGAUCCAGGCCCCAUCCGGGCCACAGCGCCCAUGUGGCGCUGCAGCCGCAUCAUGCACAUGCAGCGAGAGCUGCACCCCACCCUACUGUCAUCUUUGGAGGGUAUCGUGGACCAGAUGGUGUGGUUCCGAGAGAACUGGCACGAGGAGGUGCUGCGGCAGCUUCAGCAGGGUCUGGCUAAGUGCCACUCGGUGGCGUUCGAGAAGAGCGGCGCAGUAUCUGACGCUAAAAUCACGCCACACACGCUGAACUUCGUGAAGAAGCUGGUGAGCACUUUCGGCGUGGGAUUGGAGAAUGUCUCUAACGUCUCCAACAUGUUCUCCAGCGCCGCGUCAGAGUCCCUGGCACGACGAGCCCAGGCCACUGCCCAGGACCCUGUGUUCCAGAAAAUGAAGGGCCAAUUUACAACAGAUUUUGACUUCAGCGUUCCCGGCUCUAUGAAGCUGCACAACCUCAUCUCCAAACUGAAGAAAUGGAUCAAGAUUCUGGAGGCCAAGACCAAGCAGCUGCCAAAGUUCUUUUUGAUCGAGGAGAAAUGCCGCUUCCUUAGCAACUUCUCGGCUCAGACGGCUGAGGUGGAGAUCCCAGGAGAGUUCCUCAUGCCCAAGCCCACGCACUACUACAUCAAAAUAGCAAGGUUCAUGCCGAGGGUCGAGAUAGUUCAGAAGCACAACACGGCCGCUCGCCGGCUCUACAUCCGCGGCCACAACGGGAAGAUCUACCCGUACCUGGUGAUGAACGAUGCCUGUCUGACGGAGUCACGCAGAGAGGAGCGAGUCCUGCAGCUCUUACGUCUGCUCAACCCUUGCUUAGAAAAGCGGAAGGAAACCACCAAGAGACAUCUCUUCUUCACAGUGCCCAGGGUGGUGGCCGUGUCUCCUCAGAUGCGUUUGGUUGAAGAUAACCCCUCCUCUCUGUCUCUGGUGGAGAUCUACAAACAGCGCUGCGCUAAGAAAGGCAUCGAGCACGACAACCCAAUCUCACGCUAUUAUGACAGAUUGGCCACGGUACAGGCCAGAGGAACACAGGCCAGUCAUCAGGUACUGCGGGAUAUUUUAAAGGAGGUGCAGGGGAACAUGGUUCCUCGGAGCAUGCUCAAAGAAUGGGCUCUGCACACCUUCCCCAAUGCUACUGACUACUGGACCUUCCGCAAGAUGUUCACCAUCCAACUGGCCCUAAUCGGCCUGGCCGAGUUCAUGCUGCACCUCAACCGCCUCAACCCGGAGAUGCUGCAGAUCGCUCAGGACACAGGAAAGCUUAAUGUCUCCUACUUCCGCUUUGACAUCAAUGAUGCCACCGGUGAUCUGGAUGCCAACCGGCCUGUUCCCUUCCGCCUGACGCCCAACAUCUCAGAAUUUCUUACCACCAUUGGUGUGUCUGGUCCCCUCACCGCCUCCAUGAUCGCCGUCGCUCGCUGUUUCGCCCAGCCCAACUUUAAGGUGGAUGGCAUUCUGAAAGCGGUACUAAGAGAUGAGGUCAUCGCAUGGCAUAAAAAGACUCAGGAGGACACGUCCAUGCCACUGUCUCCUGCUGGACAACCAGAGAACAUGGACAGCCAGCAGUUGGUGGCACUGGUCCAGAAGGCUGUGACGGCCAUCAUGACACGCCUGCACAACCUGGCUCAGUUUGAAGGAGGAGAGAGUAAAGUGAACACUCUGGUCGCGGCUGCUAACAGCCUGGACAACCUGUGUCGCAUGGACCCUGCCUGGCACCCGUGGCUCUAGAAACACCAUGGAAAAAAUAAUGCACCAUGGGAAAAGGCCUUAAUUCACUCCCAUAUCUCAGACAGAGUGAAACCAUCACUGUGAAGCAGUUUGCUUGAAUGUCAGGGUUUAUUGUGUCUGUUGGCACAUCCGGUGAAACACGCUGGGUUUUCGUUAACCUGUAGGACUUUUUUUGGUAGGUAGGAUGAAAUGAUGUGCAAAUCGUAAUUGUGGGGAAAAUGAAUUAAGUUAUUGUGAGUUGUGUUAUAGAGGGCUUUCUUUCAGCCGAUCAUUCUCACCACCGUUAAAAGCAGCUAUGUGCUUAAAAGAGCAAUACACUUCUUUUUAUGACAACUACAGCUGAGAAAAAGUGCUGGACUUUUGUUUGAUAGAAAGAGCAUUUGAAUUGGCUCUACAGGUUGAAUAUUCUGUGUCGUUACCCCAGUUUCUGUGGUUUUUACUGUUCCCCCAGUCUCAGGUUUGAGAGCUUGUUUUCAUAAAUCUGCUAGUCAGUCACAUUUAGCAUUGUGCUUUGUAUUUUUUUUUUUAUUUGUGACUUCUGACGUAUAUGAAUUAAGCACAUCGUUGUUGAUUAUGUACAUCAUGUGAAUUAUAUUAUAGUAAAUUAUAUCCAUAGGUUCCCCUUUUCAGUUUAAUACUAAGCUAGUUCUUUUGGUGUGGAUUUCUAUGAACUGCACGACUGUCAAAUCCUUAUUAAGUCCCCUUGUCAUGUCUGUGAUCUGACAGAUUCUGUAAAAACAAAGCACAUUGAUUUAUUAUCAUACAGAACUAAGCAAUAGACGUGAUUAUUCAUGUUUUACCAGGCAAACGUUUUAUAAAACCAGCCAUUCAUACUACACAGAAAAUGAAGUAUUAAGCCUCUACCAAAAACGUUAACUCUUAGUUUCAGUGCCCUCUUAAAUGUUUCUAUGUUGCUGAUAGAUGUAGACACAUUUGUACAUGUCCUCACGUUUUCUAAUGGUACGCUACACUGUGCCAAUCCAAGAACUGUUACUGAACAAUGUAAAUAUGCAUUUUGUUUUAAAUAAAAUGCUCUUUUUAGAAAAUGAA